AUGAUGUAAUUUAUUGUGUAUUAGUAAUAGAUUCUUGCUUUUAACUCUUACAGCAGCACUCAGACUUGAUUGUAAAGACUAAUGUGAUGGAGAUCAUUAUUGCUACUUGGGAUAAUGCUAUUCAUGUUUCUAUUUUAGAAAAUAAUGUAUAUCAAUAUUUUAUAUUAAAGGGGAAUCAUAAAUUCCUGAUUUUGGAGUACUUGUUGGUAAAGGUAAUGGAGUUCCAGCAUAUUCAUGCCAAAAUGAUAUGUAACAUAUUGAUGAGCUUUAACACUUUCUGCAACCAAAUGAGACAGGAUUUAAUUAAACUGUAUAUGUUGGAAUGAGGUAUACUUAAUUUAAAAUUAGAUAUCAAUGUGUUCAUUUUGCUAGGAACUAUUGGAUUUAAAAAUACGGAUCAGCUUUUCCUGAUGUCGAUACAGCAGAUUAAAUCUUUAACUUAACUUAUGCAACUGAUUACAAGAAUGGAAAAUAUAGAAAUUUAACUAAGUUUUACAAUGGGAGGACCACUAAUAUUAGAUCGGGUGAUUUAUUAAUUUGGAAUAAAAGAGAGCCUUAUUUUCCAUAUGGACAUGUUGCUGUGGUUUUGGAUGUGCAGUUAGGAGCAGAAGAACCAUUUAUUACUAUAGGUGAAUAAAAUUAUGAUGAUAUAUGGGAUUCUAAUUAAUAUGCGAGAAAAUUAAAAGUAUCACUUAGUAAUUUUGGAUUGGUAUACAUAAUAAAUGAAAGAGAAAUCACAGGACUUCAGCCUUAAGAAAAAUGUAAGGAUUAUGAUGGAAGUGCAGAUGAUGUCAUUGUUGGUUGGGUAAGAUUAAAUGAUUGAG